AUGGUUCAGAACAAGGGACUCAUCUUCAAGAACGCGCCAGAGGGAUGGCCAAAGCCGGGGCAGGACCUCGCAGUUGAGGCCCGCGAGAUCGAUCUCGAGCAGCAGCUCCCAGAGGGUGCUCUGCUCGUGAAGAACUUCUAUGCCUCAUUCGACCCCUACCAGCGGGGACGCAUGCGUGCUCCCGACGUCAAGUCCUACUCUCCUCCUUUCGAGCUUGGCAAGCCCAUCACCAACCGCUCCAUCUUCAAGGUCGUCAAGUCAAACAGCGACAAGUUCAAGGAGGGCCAAACCCUCAUCACCAUGGGAAUCAGCCCUAUUGAGGAGUACUCCGUUCUCGACAAGGAUGCCGUCGCCAACUGCAUCGAGCUCAAGAACCCCUACAACCUCGAUCCCAAGUACUUCCUCGGCCCCCUCGGUAUGCCUGGUCUUACCGCAUGGUCAUCUUUCUACGAGAUCGGCCAACCGAAGAAGGGUGAAACCAUCUUCAUCUCCGCCGCUUCUGGUGCCGUCGGUCAACUAGUUGGCCAACUCGCCAAGCACGAAGGUCUUACUGUCAUUGGAAGUGUCGGUGACGACAAGAAGCUCGAAUUCAUCACCAAGGAGCUCAACUUCGACCAUGGCUUCAACUACAAGAAGGAGAAGGCUGCCGACGCGCUCGCCCGCCUCGCCCCUAACGGUAUCGACAUCUACUACGAGAACGUCGGUGGUGAGCAACUCGAGGCUGCCAUCAAUGCCAUGAACAACUUCGGUCGCAUCGUCGCCUGCGGUAUGAUCUCACAAUACAACCUUAAGCCCGGCGAGCAAUACCCCAUCCGUAACCUCAUGCAAGUCGUCGCCAAGCGCCUCACUAUGCGUGGUUUCAUUGUCAGCGACGACAACAUGGGCCCCAAGCACCACAAGGAUCACCAGGAGAAGCUCCAGAAGUGGCUCAGCGAGGGCACCUUCAAGGCCAAGAUCAGCGUUACUGAGGGCAUCGACAACGGUGUCGAAGGUUUCCUUGGCAUGCUAGAGGGCAAGAACUUUGGUAAGGCUGUGCUGCAGAUUGCGGAUCUGAGCAAGGAGUAA